ACGGGGGCUGAACCGCCCCGGCACAUGGAGACACCCCCGACGAUGGUCCCCGACCAGGCACCCGCCUCCGGCCAUCAUUAUCACCAUCACCAUCAUCAUCAUCAUCAUCAUCAUCGGCAUCAUCGUAGCAUAUCCACGACACCAAGCCACGGACCGACGACCGAUACCACGGAUGAGUUCGCGCCAGUCUCCAGGAAACGAAAACUUUCUUGCCAUGUUGGUAGCGAUCUUCUGGAUGAUUUGGGAGACGACGCCAAAUCCGUUCGCACAAAUGAUGACAGCAAAAAGCAAAACCACAGCGAGAUCGAGAAGCGCAGGAGAGACAAGAUGAAUACGUACAUCACCGAGCUGUCGGCAAUGGUACCGAUGUGUCACGCGAUGUCGCGGAAGCUGGAUAAGUUGACUGUGCUGCGGAUGGCGGUACAGCACCUCAAGACUAUCCUCGGUGCGGUUACCUCAUACACGGAAGGUCACUAUAAGCCUGCGUUUCUCAGCGACCAGGAACUUAAGACGCUCAUACUUCAACUUGUCUUGUUUCAGGCCGCAGAGGGCUUCGUCUUCGUGGUGGGCUGCGAUCGUGGGAGGAUUCUCUACGUGUCCGAGUCCGUCUCGCAGACUCUCAAUUAUUCUCAGGGUGAUCUGUUGGGUCAAAGCUGGUUCGACAUUCUGCAUCCCAAGGAUGUCGCCAAGGUAAAGGAGCAGCUCUCGUCGUCCGAUCUCAGCCCGAGGGAGCGACUGAUCGACGCGAAAACCAUGUUACCGGUGAAAACCGACGUUCCCCAAGACGUUUCACGACUCUGCCCCGGCGCGCGAAGGUCCUUCUUCUGUCGGAUGAAGCGUAAAGUCGAUGCCGUCCGCUGCGGUGAGACGCAAGUGAAAGAGGAAGCUGACGCCACUACCGGCUGCCACAGGCGGAAGAAACAACAAAACGUAGACUGGAAAUAUUGCGUGAUCCAAUGCACCGGUUAUCUAAAGUCCUGGGCGCCCGCAAAGAUCGGCCUCGAGGAGCAGGAAGGUGAGGCCGACGGUGAAGCUUGUAAUUUGUCCUGUUUGGUCGCGGUUGGCCGGCUCCAAACAGCGAUAUCAACGGCCGUGUUGUCGUCGAGGAAACCCCAUCUAAGACCGAUACAAUUCGUCUCGCGACACGCGAUGGACGGCAAAUUUCUUUUCGUCGACCAAAGAGCCACUCCCGUAUUGGGCUUUUUACCUCAAGAACUAUUGGGCACCAGUAUGUACGAGUACUAUCAUCACGACGACAUUCCUCACCUGGCGGAGUCGCACAAAGCCGCGUUGCAGACCUCCGAGCGUGUCGCCACUCAGGUCUACAGGUUUAGAAGCAAAGGCGCGAAUUUCGUGAGGCUACAGUCCGAGUGGAAGUCCUUCAGGAAUCCGUGGACCAAAGACAUCGAGUACCUAAUCGCCAAGAAUUCCGCUAUCUUCUGCGACUCGCGUUCGGGUGGAAACAACGGAACCGAGGACUCGAGCGUGCAGGGCAAUUACGAUUACUUCACGCAGAGUAACGGUGGACUGGAGAGACUGAUCUCGAGCCACGUGGAGGUAAGUAAGACCGGUCGACAGAUAGCAGAAGAAGUCCUGGAUUUACAGAGACGCGGCGAAGACUCGUCCACGGGUAGUAGCCCUGGUCCCAUGAUGGACCCCGGCUUGCUGGAUACCGAUUCACAGAUCACGGCGGCGGCGUCGCCGGAUAGGACACCCGCCGACGUGUCCCAACCAGCGGGUGGCAUUGGUAGCGACAACAGCGGCAGCAAUCCGACGUCGACGUUCAACCACGUGGUAAACAACGUGCAGCUCAACAACAUCGCGAACGACCAAGGAGCGUCAUCAGACGAGGACGUGAUGGACAUGAUCGGCGGCACCGGUAUUAACGAAUCGCCAAAUCCGAUCCCGUCCGACGGCAACGACGAGGCAGCGAUGGCUGUCAUCAUGAGCCUGCUGGAGGCGGACGCGGGCUUGGGCGAUCCCGUGGACUUUUCCGGAUUGCCCUGGCCGUUGCCGUAGCGCGUUUUACGGACCUGCAAUUCUCAAGGUUGGGUAACGACGCCUCCUAGCCGGGCCCUAACGAGACGCUCGCGAUGAUCGGAACAGGACUCGGUGCUGAAUUGGUGCUUCGAUCUCUUCAAAUCGAGCGGAACGUGGCUUCUAAGUGGAAUUAUCCGCUCUGAUCGUUUUAACAAAAGAUUCCGUAAAUUUGUAAAACUACGUGUACAUGUGUAGCUAUCCUUGUGCUUGCGGGGAAGACGCGCUCGGAUAAUCGUGUUCAGAGAGAAAAAGACGAGUGAACGUUGAUGAAAGGACACACAGUGGUGCGGAACAACGUUGCGGAUGAAACGUGGUGCGAACGACUAAAUAUAGUUCAGUGACGAGUUGACGUUGUAUGUGCAAAUACGUAAACGUGCGUGUACGAUGCACGCGCGCACGUGAUGUGAUGUUUAAGUGUACCUAAUUAAAUUAUAAGAGUAUAAAGCUACCUUGCGAAGGACUUUCAGGGAUUGAGAAAAGGCGUACAUAUUGUGACGUUCAGUCGCUACUGACUCGCUUGACUGAACGAAACGCCUGUGUGUGUUUUCAUGCAUCGCGAUGCAUGCCGCAGGAAUGUGAAAUCACUAUUAAAUCCGGAAAGAGUGAUUUGCGUGUCAUAUUGUAAAAGGCGAAUACGCGAGAUGAACGUUUGUACCUUGAUAUGCGUAUACAUUUAUAUGUAUAAAUAUUCCAGAUUGAAGAGAGGAGGAUUACAAAACGAUAUUUUUUCCUGUAAUCAUGCAAAAUAUUUUGUCAACUAAGGCGCUUGUCACGCAUGUAGUAAUCUCAACAAGCUCAUUAUUUUGCAUUGUAUCGCUUUAGAAUGUCGCCGAAAAUACCGAUGUGAAUAAUGAUCGUUAAGAAUGGUAACUAGAAGUGUUCAAUAUUUUUUAUUGCUCGGAUAACAUGCAGCUGAGCGAAGACGGAAAUAAUUGCCGAGUCUCUCGAAAUUUAUAAUUUCUAAAAUACGAUGACCUUUGGACGAUUACUAUUUAAUUGCCAAUGCUUGCCAUUUUUCAACAAUUGCCAAAAUAAAACGCAAACAACAAUUAUAAAUAUAAACUGUCUCGAAAAUAAACUUUUUAUCUUGAUAAAUGUA